AUGCAGACCCCGUCCUCACUGCCUGCCGCUUUCCACGCGCAGCCCUUCCAUCAGCUCCAGUCCAGCACGUCAACGGUUUCUUCCCAUCAAAGCCAGACCUUCGACCCAGUGUCCUACAACUGUGCUGUGUUCGAGUGUUCCGCCUCGUUUCCCUCCGUCCCGUCCUAUACCACGCACGAGCAUUUCGAUGCGCCUUUGGGUCAAGAAUACGGCUACUACUACGCGACGUUCAGCAACUCGUCCUAUCUCGCCGAUGGCGCUUGCGAUGUAUACGCGGAGGCACACACCGAACCUGGUUAUAGAUGCUGCGGACUCGACCUCGCCGACAUGCACACUCUCGUCGAGCACUUUGAGGAUGCGCAUGCCCUACACAUCGACCCCUCUGCGAUGGUCAAGCACCAGUAUCUCCAGCAUGUGUUGGCGCGAGCGGCCCAAGGAGUUCAGUCAGCAUACGAGCCUCAAAGGCUUGAUACGCCUCUUUGUAUGGGCCACGAUUACAAAUCGCUUCAUGGUCCCUCAGUCUGGCCCUCCUACGUCUCGACAAACAGUGCAGAAUUCUCCUGUCGCAAGCCGUGCCUUCCAACGUCGCGCGCGUCAGAUGCUGUCCGGUACGGUUCAACCGAUGGCACGGGCUCGGACGAUGGGUUGCCCUCGAGCUGUUCGGCGUCGCCAACGCCUUCUACUCCACCUAGCGCUAGCCGUCAGUGCUCUGACAUAUCCGCCGGCUAUCCUACGUUGUAUGGCCGAGGGCAAGAUGCGUUAAGCAGUCCAGUCUCUGCUUUUCACACAAGUACCAUCCAUCCUACGCCGCAGGUUCCCUGCGGGCCAUACACGGACUACGCGCGAGAGCAUCCUUCGACCGGCGACGUCGCUAUCGUUCCUGCGAUGCUUGUCGAACGUCACGACGUCUCAACCGUGAAUCAAGGCUCCGUUGCUACAGGAGUCGUUCCGCAGGACGACGUCGCUAUCGUUCCUGCGAUGCUUGCCGAUCGUCACGACGUCUCAACCGUGAAUCAAGACUUCAUUGCCACAGGAGUCACUCCUCAGGACGCGAUCUUGGCGGCCAGAAAACCAAAGCGGCCUCAAUGUAUAACAGAGAAGGUUGCUCGUCGUUCGCUGCGCAACGGGGUCAAGGUCUCCCAGCCUACUUGCGCGGACUCCCCGCCCCUUCGCCCGCCCUCGCCGUCUCCAUAUGCCAGACCCUUCCGGUGUCCCAAUCCCAUCUGCCACAAGUCGUACAAGCAGAUGAACGGCUUAACUUACCACAUAGAGCACGGCCGGUGCUCUCGUGCUCUGCCGCCGCACAUGAAGGCCGUUCAGGAGCUCCUAGCGCAGAAGGGCCUCGAUAUCAAUGACGAUCCCUCGGGCGUUGCCGCUCUUGAAGUUCAUAGUGAGGCGGAUCGUCUUGUUCGCCCAUAUGCCUGCGCUGUGGGGCAGUGCAAGCGCAGAUACAAAAGCACAGCCGGCCUGCGCUAUCACUAUAGGCAUACGGGCGCACACGGCGCGGAGGGUAUGGCUCUCCUCGCUGACGGCGAGCAUCCGGGCAUUCAAGUUCGUGGAGGCGUGAUUCAUCCAUUGCGUGCGCUGCGUCUACGACCAAUUGAGUGCACAUCAUUUGAGCCCGUCGGGAAGAUCGCCUGCGGCUCGCACAACGACAAGCCCAACGUUCACGAGAUCGCCCUCGUCGGCGGCUCCACUCGUAUCCCCCGCAUCGUCGAGCUCGUUUCGGACCUCUUCAACGGCAAGGAGCCUCGCAAGUCGACCAACCCCGACGACGCCGUCGCUUACGGUGCCGCCGCCCAGGCCGCUAUCCUCACUGGUGACGCUUCUGAGAAAACCCAGGGCUUGCUCCUCCUCGACGUCGCGCCCUUGUCUCUUGGCAUGUCACAUGUCCAUCCUACCUUAUCUACGCUUUCUACUGACUUUGCCAUCAGUAUCGAGACCGUCCGUGGUGUCAUGACGCCUCUGAUCAAGCGCAAGACGACCAUUCCGACCAGGCAGUCGGGGAUAGGCUGGUGA